UCAGGCACCCGGGAACAAAGUUAUAACAUUGAACCUAAAAAUGCUAGAAUUUGGCUCGGCUAGUUGUGAGGAAGAAAGUAUUAUCAUUUAUGAAGGCCAGAGUACACAAGGAACACCCCUCGGCACAAUUUGUAGUGACACUGUUCUGGGAAUUCUGCCUUAUCAUGCAAGUUCAAUGUUUAUUGAGUACAGAAAUCCUCUUAAACAAGAAGGUGAACGUUUUACAAUUGAUUAUAUGUUUGUCGAGGACAACUUUACUCCAGCACCUGUACCAUCAACAACCCCAUCUCCAGUUGGUGGAAAUAAUGACUGUAGUCGAAUGUACAAAGGAAUCGAUACAGACAGCGGAAUUUUGGUAUAUACAGCACCCAAAUACGAAAACAACAAAGAUUGUAUAGUUGUUGUACGUAAUGAUCAAUUACCAUAUCACGUGGUACAGAUAGAAUUCGAAUACUUUGACAUUGAAGAAUCGGACAACUGUAUCUUUGAUUCCUUGAGAGUUUUAUCUGGAGAAAGAAAUGACUCUGCUUUGCUUGGUGGACCAUACUGCGGUGAAAGUCUACAUGGGCGAACUUUCCUAACACGCGGUAACUCUCUUCGCCUUGAAUUCAAAACAGACGUGUCAUUUGCCCUAAAGGGAUUUCAAGCAAAAAUUUCAUUCGUACCAAAUACAGAAUGCAGUUGCAAUGGAAAGAAGAUGUGCAUUCGCCAGGACUUUGAGAAAAAAUGUAUUCACGGACAAAAGUGUGAGUUAAAUAGCUGUCAAAAUGGCGGAACGUGCAUGAAAACAGGUUUUGAAGCGACUUGUUACUGUCCUAAAGGUUUCCAAGGAGAAGAUUGUUCACAAAGCGAUGGAGAAAGGUCUUACCAUAUACGCUUUACCAAAGCACCCGUAGAUCGAACGAUAAAGAGAGGUAAUAAUCACGUAGAAGAAUGCAUAGUUGAGGUUCCAGAUGGAGUGAAGGUAGAUUAUUAUUGGUAA